GAGGCAGGGCUCGGGGACCGGUCACGCGCCGAGGUGUUACGCAGCAUCUCGACGAGUUGGCGGUUAGCCGCGCGAGAGGGGCUCGUUGAUCAUAAAUGAGACCGUACGACCCGGUCGCGUUCCGUGCGAGGAAUUGAUAACGUCGGGAGCGAACGAUGUACACGUGGCGGUUGACCGGCACCGCGCUGAGAAGAUUCAACGCCGGCUACGGCAGCGGCAAUGCUAGGUUAGCGCUCGUUCUGCAGCACUGCAGUGGCCCGCGGGCGCAAGGUCGCGGCAGGUUCGGCAGCUACCGCAGGAGGAUAAGCUCGUGGUUCCGGGAGCAGGGCACGCAGGUCGCCCAGGCGUGCAAGCGGCAGUUCGAGUUCGUGGCGGCCCAGAGGAUCAGGCGGUGCAUACAGAUAUUCCACCUUUACACGAGGAUAUGGGACGAGGUAGCGCUGAGGGAGUUUCUGCGCCAGUGGAGGCUCCGGCUCGCGAGGAACUCGAGGAACUUUCUGGUGAGCGCGGCCGGCGUGGGCUGCGUGUACAACUGGGACCGCGACAGGAUAAGCGACGAAGAGAUUAAUAGGUACAAUCGCGAGAUCGAGGGGAUUUACAAAUUACAAGACUCCACGGUGAUCUGUGCAAAGUGUCACCUGCGAAUGGUCAUUGACACUGUGCAGUCCGAUGUCAAAUAUUGUAAAUGUAGCGGCGCUCAGCCUUCCGCUGCUUCCGAUGAAAAUUACGGCUGGCAGCCUUUCAUCGAACGUCAGGAUAUGCUGAUAUGGAGAAAAGUAGAGCCUAAUUCGGGUGGGUUGUUUGCCUACAAAGUGUACGGCUCGUUCUCCGACGUUACUGCCGAAGACUUUUUGCAAGUACAAAUCGACGUAGAUUAUAGAAAGCAAUGGGAUCCUACUGCUCAGGAGCUAGAGAUCAUUGAGACCGAUCCGGAGUCCGAAUCGUCUACUAAUCAUAGUACCGAUGUUAUCCAUUGGGAAAUGAUCUGGCCUAAAUUAUUUUCUAAUAGAGAUUAUGUGUAUCAACGACGAUGGGUCAUGGAUAGAGAGAAGGGACUCGUAGUCAUUGUCAGUCGAGUGACCGAACAUCCCGGUGUGCCAGAAAGACGGGGAAUUUAUAGAGUGAGAUCGUACUGGUCGUACAUGGUGAUAAAGCCUUACACAGACUUCCACGAGUCAGGCAUUGAAUUUGGGCUUACUUACUUCGAUGACCCUGGCGUCGCUGUGCCAUCCGCUGUCACAGCUUGGGUAGCACUGAGAGGUUUACCAGAUUUUCUAAUUCGCAUGAGACAGGCCUCGAAGGAUUAUCAAAAAUAUAAACUAAUGAGAAAAGAUGCACCAGACAGUACUAGUCUUGCUUUAUCUGAGGAGGGUGUUUCCAAAGAGCAAAUCAAAGUCAAUGUAGAAGAUAAGUUAAAGAAUGAUGAAACAUCGACGAGAGAUUAUACAGAUUCACAGGACGAUUCUACUAACAGUACUAACAACGUAGAUCUAACGCGUGAACAGCAAGAAAAUGAUUUGGCGGAAAGUGAAAAUAAGGAUACCAAUGCUGCGCCUAAAGAAGAGCAAGGUUUAUUACAUUAUUUCUAUCUUACGAAAUUAUUUGCAUUUUUGGAUUUCUGACGAAUGGAUUUAAUGAAAUAACUUUUGACUAGUAGAUGUUUUAACGUGAUUUCACACGGAGGAAACAAUAAUCUGCCAGUAAAGCUAUAGAACAGAUUUGUGGAUGAUAACAUUGAGGAACAACUGACAUUUUAUUAACGUAUAUUGGACAAAUGAUAUGUGGUUUCAUAGGUAAUAAGAAUGGCAUUGUAAAUACUAAUUACCUUCCUUUUUGUAUGGCAAAAAAGUAUGGUUUCCAUUUUUACAAGGAGAAACAAAAUCAUUAAUCACUAAGUGAGACUGAUUAGGUACGUCAUCGCCUUUAGUCCAUUUAUUCAUUGAAAAUUUGUAUUACGUAUCGUAAGAUAACAAAGUUAAGGUCUGGUGUUUUUUUUUGAGGCUGAUUGAAAACGUGAUAUAGUGGGAACUGCAACUUAAAUUCGAUAAUUUUUAUAGUAUGAAAAUAUUUGUAUGAAACAAAUUUAAUUCGUUAUAUCUCUAAGGCC